AUGGCAGAGUUAGAGACGCCUCUGUUAUACUGGGUGGGUUACUCCUCGAUUGUGAUUGUGUGCGCGCGAUUUGUAGGGAAGUGGAGUGCAAUGACAUCUCUGCAACCUGUCACGAAAACCUUUCCACGACGUUGGCUGGAUAUUGUGGGGCUGAGGGUGGCUGAUUUCUGGCAGUCUGCACUGCGUGCUGUAAUGGGAUUGGUUAUCUUCAGGCCUGGAAUCUCUCAGGCUGAGCUUCGAUGGCGACUUCGGUCUGUAUACGACCGCCAGGAAAUUAACGAAAUUCUCAGAUAUCUACGAGUUGAAGGGCAUUUGUGUGUUCGCCAGCAGUUUAUGUCGGAGUGGGAUCAAGUUGGCGUUAUGGUUCCGCUCGACGAUCAAGAGGAGAGGACAGCUUCAUGGGUAAUCGGAGAGAAAGCCUGGUAUCAGGUAUAA